AUGUUAAAAGAUUUUAAAACUUUUCUUUCAAUUUCUUUUUUUUCUUUUCCUGUUUUUUUUCUUUUCCUGUUUUUUUUCUUUUCCUGUUUUUUUUCUGUUUUUCCUUUUCUGUUUUUCCUUUUCUGUUUUUCCUUUUCUGUUUUUCCUUUUCUGUUUUUCCUUUUCUAUCCCCUGCCAAAUGAUUGCCCACCUUCUCAGGCCCUUCAGCUAGGAUUCGAACUUGCUCUCAAAGAGAGAGACGCUGUCCUAAGAGAAAAUGCAAAAGCUGUGGAGGAACGUGACACUGCCCUCCGGCAAUAUCAAUUGAUGAAAACUGAGCGAGACCAAGCACUCCAAAGCCUGGAAAAUGUUACUGGCAAAACAACAAAGUCAAGUAAUACUAAAAACAUUGAUUCUAGUCCUUCACUAGACUCCAAGAGAACUCGCUCACCUGGUCGAAAAAAUAAAGAUAAAUUAAAAGGGAUGGAUGAAGAUACAUUAAUUGAUGAGGACGCUUAUUUGGCCAUUGAUGAAGAUAGAGAAAAAGAGGGCCUUUAG